GGGCGCAAUGUAGCAUUACGGCAAUCUGCUUUACAAUCAAGCAGUUACAAGAACAAGACAGUCUCGUACAAUGCAAGUCUUGCUGUGGAUGGAGAGAGGCAGUCAGAUUUUGAUUCUAAUAGUUGUGCACAAACCGAUCUGCUCGACCCUUCGCCUAAUUGGAAUGUGACUUUAUCUCAGCCUCACCUUGUCAACAGAUAUGUUCUGUACAACAACAAUCAGGGUAAGUAAUUAGUUUAAAAAAGGAUUAACAUUUAUUGUAGGUUGUUCAUACUUUCAUACUCAUGAGGUUUUCUGUCCUUAAAUGAAUUUUUACGAAUGGUUUAUAAAGUUGAUGAAGUUAUCCAAUAGAUCUACAAUAACGCAAACAUUUUACAAGUAUUACAUAAAGUCUAUUAAAGAAUACAUUUGUAGGGUGUCAAGUUUAAAAAAAAAAUCUUAAAUAAAUCUGUUGCCUACAAUACAUAACUGUGUUAUUUUUUUUUUCAGAUCAAGAUCAACUUCAAAGUUUCAUCCUAUCAAGUUUCAACAAAGAUAACAUCGUGGUGGACAACUAUAUUGUACCAAAGAUAGCACAAGCUAUUUAUUAUGGAACAUCUCUUUCACUAAGUGUUUCAUUCGUAAAAAUAUAUACACAUGAAAGUAACAAGGUUCUCACAUUGUGUGAAGUUGAAAUGUAUGGGGGUAAGUUAUGAAAAUAUUUCUUCACUCUACUGAAUGUUUAAUGAGAUGGUUAAUAUUCAUUCAAAUAUUUCCAUUUGCAAAAGUAUAUCAAGAAAAUAUUUUUCAUAGACGUAGAUACACUUUUAGAUGUUUAUCUUACAAUUGCUUUUUUAAUAAUAAAAAAGAUGUGUGAGAAAAUGGUUGUUUAUUGGGAGAACUUAUUCCCUGACUUGUAUUAUUUAUUUAAGGCUGUGAUGUAAAAUAUUCUUUAUAUAAAAUUCAUUCAUAAUAUAGAUGUUCUGUCCUACUGAGGUUUAUAAAUAAUCAGGUAUUUUAAAUAAGAGAGGCGAAAUAUUGGUAAAAAAAUAAAUAUAAAAAAAAAAGCAUGCUCUCUUCAUCUUUUGAACCCAUCAUAAAAAUAGUAGAACAAUGAUGUAAUUUUCAACAGAUUCGCUGUGUCCAUUUAACAUGUAUGGAAUAGAGUGCGAUAAACAAUGUAAUUGUGCGAGCAAAAUAGAGACAUGUUAUGUUGCUACUGGAGGAUGUCCUUCUGGCUGUGCUGCUGGCUACCAUGGGCCGGGCUGUCAAAAUGGUUUGUCAAAUGAUUAAGCAUUAUUUUGUAUAUAUUUUUGUCUAUGGUUUUAUGGACAGUGGUUUAAUGCGGUCGAUUUUAUAGAAACGAAGUCUGUCUAAAGCUACUUUUGAAUAAACUUGAGUACAAAGAAAUCAGCUCUUUAAACAGCAUAAACAUUUGAAACUGAUUUUAAAAAAAAAAAUCUCUUCAAUGCACUUUAAAUAAAAAUAUUCGCACUUUUACUAAAAACGAUGUAAAAAAAAAAAAAUCUCGUUAUGUUUAAAAUACUUCCCUUUCUGAAGAUAAUUUUUUUAUUAAGUCGUAAAUCUGAAGUCAUUUUCUGAAUUAUUUAAAAUUGAAAUAUAGUAAUUUAUGAAAACUAUCCAUCAUUUUCGACGGAGGAAAAUCUCAUAACUCCUUUAGUCUCUAUCGAAGAAGCUUAUAUUUCAAGCAUGAAAUUCAUAUUAAUUUUGUUGAAAUAAUUGUGUGUGUGUUUUUUUUUACUAAGACUUAUUGUCCCAUUGUUUUCAAAUAUGCAUUGCAUUGUCAGUUUUGAAGGGGUUGCGAGACUAGUAACAAUUCGUACAGGGUGCAAGACGUUCAAACGUUCUUAGUUGGCGCAGAAUACCUUGUUAGCAGUGGCGUUGCUAGGGGGUGCUGGGUACGGACCACACCAGGUGAGACCAAAUGGAAAAAAUGCAUAUUUACAGAGCACAAUAAAGGUGAAAACAAAAAAGGAGCCCGCUUGCAAAACGUACUAAGUCCAACCAAACUCAUUUUUCAGGAAAGGGAAUUUUGUGUUACAACUUAACUAGCAUUUUGAUGCUUGCUCUACAUUUUCUAUUUCAAAUAAAGGCAUUUAGAGCCUUCUGAACGUUGAGAUGAGAGAUUCAAAAUGUGUUUUUAAAACAAUAGAUUAAGAAAAUUGCACUAACCCAUUUAUAAAAAAAAACUGACUUAAUACCAUUUGCAACUGGGCUCCUCAAGUAUUAGUGACAUGUUUUCUUGAUUAUUUAAAUCUUUUAUAUUUGAUUAAAAGCGAUAAUUGAUAAAUGUGCCAUAAGGCUAGGUCUAACCGAAUUUUAUAAAAGGAUAACCGAUCACUCGUAAAUUGUCCACACAUGUAACCAAUCCAAAUGCGUGCUUAUUAAAAGUUCAAGGUUGAUGGGUCAUCAAUGAGGUUACUCAAUAAUAAGGUCAGAAAACACCGAUUUGACCAUGAUUCAACGCUGAUUUAAGUGUUCAGUAACUUUUGUAACUGACAGGAGGCUACAAUUAUCUAAAUUAUACUGAAUAAUGCUUUCCAUUGACAACAAAUAAGAUGUGGUCGGGCGAUUCUAAGUUCAUUAAUUAAUCGGUAAAAAAUAAUAAUACUACAAAAUACUUUUUACCCCUUUACAGGGUUAACAAAAUUAUAUUUUACUAAAUUUUCUUAUUACUUUCAAUAAUUAAUUUAAAUUUAUUGCAAUUUUAAAAAAGGCUUUUGAAACAAAAAAUAUGGAAACCCGGAAAUACUUAAAAAUUAAUAUUUUCGCCGAUUCGUCACUAGCAUCGCCCUUUAGAAUAACAGCACUAUUGACAGGUCUGCAGCUUUAAAGACAAGGAAACGAACAUUGUAAAUAAAUUAAAUUUAAUGUAAAAAUAACUAUAACUUAACGUUGCUACAGUUCUUAAAUACAUUUGGCUCCUGACCUAUACUAUAAUUAAUUUGGUUUUCUUCUUGUCAUUGUUAUACUGUGGACUUAUUUUGACAAGAUGAAAUCCAUCGUGGAAGUCAGGGGAGGGAGGUUAUACCAUGAGUUUAAAGCACAGGAUGGCACCAAUCCUAGCUACGCCACUGCUUUUUAGAUACCCUGCUUUAAAGGGUUGUUAAUGUACUCCUUGUAAAUAAAAUGAUCAUGACACCGAAAUUACUUUAUUAUUUCACAAUAUUUAUAUUGAGUGAGUGUUAUAAAUAUUUAUUUUAUUAAUUAAUCUAUUCGGUGAUAAAUAUUUCAACUCUAAAGUAUGUACGUACUUGAACUCUCUAAACUCAUCUGACAUAAACGUCUUACUUGCAGACGAAGCUCUAUCAUAGGGUUGCAAUACAACAAAAUAUUUUUGAACAAAUAAAACUUGAAUAAUAAUAUUGAGGGUUACAUUGUUUUCUAGCUUGCCCUAUUCACAAAUGGGGAGUCGAUUGUCUCAAUCAGUGCAGCACAAACUGUGUUGAUGGAAUGUGCAACAGGAUUGAUGGGAGUUGUGAUCGUGGCUGUGAACUAGGAUUCACCGGGCUCAAUUGUGCUCAAGGUCAGUUCUACUUUUGCAAAUUUUAAUAUUUAUGCUAUUUUUAUUGCUUCAUUGUUACUUUCAAAUAUUUUUGAAAUUUAAUAUUUUAGUUCCUUUAUCAUUUGAAAACUUUCUGUUAAGUAUAAAGUAAAUAAGUGUGAACUAUUUUUCUAAGUGUUUAUUAUAUUUUCCAUUAAUUCAUUUUUUUAAAUCUUAAAAAUGACAAAAUAGAUGAGCCAACUCCGUGUGUUUUGAGACAACAUUCUAAGAAUCGACUGUCAUUCUAUUAGUCCCACUGAAAUAGUUAGAUCAUGAUUUGCCAGUGCGCAAUGAGCUGGGUUUCAAAUAUGAUUUGUAAUUCAUUGGAUGAUAGGUAGAGCGGAAUGCACAACCACUGUGUAUAUGUAGCGGUGGUGGAUGUGUAAGCGACAUCUGUGAGGUCAUAGGUCAUCCUAUCUUCUUGUUUCUGCAGCUGAUUUCGUCUGUGGGUGUCAGAUGACUGAUGAGAUUUAAUCUGCCACAUUUUCUUGUGCAGAAUGUUCAAGGGAUAGAACUCCAGUUGCAUUAGUGACUCGAGCUUUGCUGGAUUGUCUUUUAUGUUUAACCGGUUUUUGGUUUUAUAAGAAUCUCUGUUACGUUUGCUAUUAUUUGCUGUCUGUUUGAUGUAAGAGAUAUGCGUCUGACAUUUCAGCUCUUCCAUUGUCAGACUGUGACGAAAGUUGUGCGAAUGAAUGCAGCGAACAUUGUAUAAACAGGUCGUGUCACAGGGUCAACGGCAUUUGUGACAAAGGCAGUGAGUAUGGAAACUUCGGUGACAAAGGCUCGGCGGGAAGGUGUUGUGCAAACAGAAAUAAGGCUUCUUAGCAUUUAAACUAAAUCUCUCUUGUUGGUUUCUAGGAAUUCAUGUUCAAUUUUAUCUCAAACUCUUCAUUUUUGUUACUGUUAAAAAAUACAUUUUAAAGAAAGCCAACUGAGCUAAUUAAACAUUAAACUAACAUGAUGCUAAAUAGAAACAUUGUAACUUAAUGCAUCUGGUUAAAACAUUUUUUCAAAUUAAAUAGCGGUAUGCAAGACGGGUAAAAAGGGGGGGGGGGGCUAAGCCAAGUAAGCCAACUAGUUUGAAACAAUACAAGACUUUAUUCUUAUAUUUUCCCAUUUAUCUGUUCGUAUAAUUUUCGAAAAUAUGAUGCACAGCAACAUAACUUUUGGAUAUAACAUAACUUUUGGAUGUAGCAUAAUUUUUGGAUGUAAGAUAGCUUUUGGAUGUAACAUAACUUUUGGAUGUAACAUAACUUUUGGAAACAUACCGCAAAGAAAAGUGCAAACACAUGCAAUAGUUAAACAAAGGAUAAAGUCCAGCAGACAUUUGGCAUUGAAAGACAUAAUGGCCGCAAGAAAUGUCAACAAUAUGACAAAGUUUUAUGAUAAAGUUUUGGCAAUGUUUGAAAUGGGGGAAACUAAGUUUUGGCAAUGUUUGAAAUGGGGGAAACUAAUUUUUGGCAAUGUUUGAAAUUGGGGAAACUAAGUUUUGGCAAUGUUUGAAAUGGGGGAAACUAAGUUUUGGCAAUGUUUGAAAUGGGGGAAACUAAGUUUUGGCAAUGUUUGAAAUGGGAAAAACUAAGUUUUGGCAAUGUUGAAAUUGGGGAACUUUUUAUUUUAUACAAAAAUGUUUUGUUUUUUUAAUUUUCAUUAGGCAUUAUUGUUAAUUAUUUUUAAGUUUCAUCAAAACUUUAAAAUGUUCCUUUUUUUUUUUACUUGAAGGUUAUUCAUAUGAUGAUCGACUUGGAGUCGGUAUUGGGAUUGGCAUAGCUAUCAUGUGUGUUGUUGGUACUCUGCUCGUUGUGAUCAUAAUCUUUGUACUGAUGAGAUAUAGGAAACACAGAAAUUAUGGAGUAUCAAAAGAGAGUCCACCUACUCAGCCGGAAACAACUGUGGAUUUACCCAAAAAUAAAUACGACUCUUUAAACCUAUUUGGUAGGUUGAAUUGUUGGACUUACGCAUAAUAUAUUAAUACUAUUUCUUCAAGCCACCCAACAUUGCUGCCUGAAACUUGCUGGAUCGGAAUAACAAUUAUUGUAGGCCAGUUGUUGGUGUUCAUAUUUGACACUAGUAAUACUUAAUACGUGACUGUAGGGCAGUUGUUGGUGUUCAUAUUUGACACCAGUAAUACUUAAUACGUGACUGUAGGCCAGUUGUUGGUGUUCAUAUUUGACACUAGAAAUUCUUUAUACGUGACUGUAGGCCAGUUGUUGGUGUUCAUAUUUGACACUAGAAAUUCUUUAUACGUGACUGUAGGCCAGUUGUUGGUGUUCAUAUUUGACCCUAGUAAUACUUAAUACGUGACUGUAGGCCAGUUGUUGGUGUUCAUAUUUGACACUAGAAAUACUUUAUACGUGACCGUAGGCCAGUUGUUUGUGUUCAUAUUUGACACUAGAAAUACUUUAUACGGGACUGAAGGACAGUUGUUUGUGUUCAUAUUUAACACUAGCAAUACUUUAUACGUGACCGUAGGCCAGUUGUUGGUGUUCAUAUUUGACACUAGAAAUACUUUAUACGUGACUGUAGGCCAGUUGUUUGUGUUCAUAUUUGACACUAGAAAUACUUUAUACGUGACCGUAGGCCAGUUGUUGGUGUUCAUAUUUAACACUAGAAAUACUUUAUACGUGACUGAAGGACAGUUGUUUGUGUUCAUAUUUGACACUAGUAAUACUUUAUACGUGACUGAAGGACAGUUGUUUGUGUUCAUAUUUGACACUAGUAAUACUUUAUACGUGAUAAAGCUUAAUGGUUUUUACACAGCAUGAACAUUUGAGCCCUACAACGUUAUACUAUUUAACUAUCCACGAGUUUAAUAUAUAUCUUUUUCUGUUUACAUUAGAGGAUAGUACUUACGCCCAACCCAGUGUGUCUCUUGAAAGAAGAGAGCCUAAUUCUACAAGCAGGCCUCAUCAUAAAGACAACACCUAUGACGAAAUAUAGGUGCUAGAGAAGACGAUCAGCUCAAGAAAACUCGAACUGAGAAUAGAACCGAUAAAAUUAAACUAUAUCUAGCAUUACUUGGAAUUUGACUAUGAAAUGUAGCAUUAAUUGGAAUGUGUGUAUGAAGUGUAGCAUUACUGAGAUGUGUGUAUGAAAUGUCGCAUUAUUUGGAUGUGUGUAUGAAAUGUAGCAUUACUUGGAAUGUGUGUAUGAAGUGUAGCAUUACUUGGAUGUGUGUAUGAAAUGUAGCAUUACUUGGAUUGUGUAUAUGAAAUGUAGCAUUACUUGGAAUGUGUAUAUGAAGUGUAGGAUUACUUGGAUGUGUGUAUGAAAUGUA